AGCAGGGUGGGUAGAGAGAACAUUUAAUUUGAGCUUGCGAGGAAGUAGUUGAUUGGAGAUGCGAGGUACAGCUCGUUGGCGGGCAAGCAGUUGCAGCUCGACCGUCGGUCUCGUUAGACCUUCCGGGAGACCUUCCCUUCGCUGAGGUCGAUCCCAAUCGCGAUCGAUUUCGCAAACGCACGUGCGCGCCCUUUCUUUGAAGCGAGACCGCGCUGUUCUUUUUUUCUUUCUUUACGAGGCCACGAACCCCAGCGAUGAGCCUGGACCGACUCCGUACUCCGACUUCUCACUGCAUCGCGCGGAAAUUCGCAAAUUCCACGUUUAUCGAGCAGCCACGUGAGAAACGAUAAUCAAGUUCUCCGACGCGAACGAGCUGGUCGGUCCAGUCGACGACGAUACGUCGCGUUGAUAAAUUCUAAAUCUCGGGAUUGAGCGCAGGUACUUUUUCGCGUUACCAUUGAGGAUUGCCGAUGAUAAUUUGUCGUGUGCUUGGUGCGCCUCGUGACAUUUCGCUUUAAACUUGGCUUGGAUUCCGUGUAGGAUGUACAGGUCUCUCUCUUUCUCGAAUGGCCUAUCUGCUUCAAUUAAGUAGGCAGGUUUGGAAUCCAACGUUUAAGAGCUCUACAGAGCAGUUAGCGAGGUGCAGCACUAUAACGUUGACAGACGAAAUCGCGGAGAACAGCGUAACGGCGUCCCGUACCGAAAAAAUCAUGAGUGUCUGCAGGAAAACGUUUCGCUGGAUAUUCAUGGUAGAUCUGGUCUUGGCGUUAUUGAUGUGUGUACUCCUGGGGAUCUUGGAAUUCAACACGACACCGUACCAGCAGAUCGGCUUCUUAUGCAACGACCCGAAGAUCUCGUUUAAAUUUACGGGUGACACAAUCUCCUUUGCACUAUUGCUAAGCCUCAGUAUCAUCCUGCCUUUAAUAGUGAUAUGGAUCGCGGAAUACCUCUGCUAUUCUGCCGACAGUUACGAGAGCGCGUCGUGUUACGGCUCUACCCGGGGUAGACAAAUCUGGCGCUGGUACGGACACUACGGCUCGGGGAUUACGUCGCUCACGUUCGUCAUCGAGAUCAUGAAACUCCUGAUCGGCGAGCCGCGGCCGCACUUUCUCGACACGUGCAAACCGCGCGAGGCGGUCAACUGCACCGAUGAAUACUUCAAUUCUUACACAUGCACGAAUACCGAGUUCUCCAAGUGGUUCAUCAAUGACUCCAGCAAGUCCUUUCCCUCCGGUCAUUCGGCUCUCUCCGUCUACACGAGCAUCUUCUUAGUGUGGUACCUGCAGAACCGUCUGCCGAAUCGGACGUUGUUUCUGAAACCGUGGCUGCAGUGUCUGCUAGCCAUGUGGGCCGUUACGUGCUCGAUGACAAGGGUGGGCGACAACCGGCAUCAUUGGUGGGACGUUCUCGCUGGCGACGUCCUCGGGCUUCUGUUCGGCCUGUUCGUCGUGGUGGUGUCGUGCCGGCACUUUUGCCUCGAGCGCACCGUCGCCGUCGCCGUCGCCGCCGCCGCCUCCGCCGCCGCCAAUGCCGGCGCGACGCACGCCCUUAACGAGUCCCUGGAGAACGGCCAGAUCGGCGGCGGCUACGACAUGCAGCGCAAGCACAACACCAAGAAGCUGCUCGCUCCCACCGACGUCGUCGACGUCUCGGAGGGUCGGGAGAUGAAGGACGCCACGAACUGGAGGGAAUGAGCGCGCGAACGACGUCGUUCGCGUGAACGACGAGGGGCGGACGAUUUCAGGGGCGGGGAUGGGGACGAGGGAAUAUAUAUAGAAUCGAGAUGAUCGAAUCAUUCGUUCACGGAAAAGAUCGAACCACUCGUUCGUUCCAAAAACAAAAAACAACAAAAAAACAGAUCGAUAGCCCAUUUUCGUUGUGUACCUGAUCUUUUCUUAAGUAAUAUUAAUUGUAAUAUCACCUUCCUUGAGUACAAUAGUUGUAACAUAUGUCGUACGUACAGAAGCAGAAGUAUAGGUUGCAUAGAAGGUCGUAUGGGCGAGGCGUCGGCAAUAAGAUUUCGCUUUUGAACUUUUAUAAUACUAGAGUUCAAGAUAUGAAUGACAGCUGAUUUUAGACUUUAUCUUUACACGCAUGAAAAUAAAAUCUAAAAAGCAAAACAGAAAUACUGAGGAAAAAAUACUCCCGACAAUAUUAGUAAUAAAACUAGCAGUAAAAUUACAGGUCAAUGUAAAAAUGAGUAAUAAUAAGUGAAAUCGACCUCGACAUAGAAUAACCGAAAUAAGUGAAGAAAAUCAUAUGCGGAUCAAGGCGGGAUCUUGGAUGCCUAAAAAUAUUUUUUCGCGUGAAUUUCCGGUCUGUGCUCUUGUCGGUUUUUUGAAACACAGUUCCACUGGAAAAACAUAUCAUGAAUUAAAUUGACAAGCAAUUUAAUGAAAACGAAUAUUAGCUUGUCUCGGCUCAAUGCUAAUAACACUUAGCUUAAUGCUGUAUAUACAUAUAUAAAAAAUAUGCACACAUAUACAGGUACAUAUAUACAUAUAUGUACAUGUGCGUACAUACGUACAUGUGUAUCUCUGAAUAUAAAUACACUAUAUCUUGUACAGAUUAUACAGAAGAGUUAUACUAGAUAGGUAAUAAAGAUAAAUAAUAAUAAUAAUAAUAAUAAUAGAACGCAUAAUAAAGAUGAAUGUAGAUAUAAAGUAAGGAAGAACGUGAAAUGUUAAUUAUAAAGUAAACAUAUAAACUGAAAUGAAAAAUGAUAUACAGAGAAACAGCUGAUUUGCGGAAGGAGGACAGUCGAGAUAAUUAAAAUAUCUUAUUGCGGCGCGGCGUGAGGCGCGAGUUCAUGCAACACAAACGGGUUGCGUAGCGGCUAUUAAUAAAAGGAGCGAUAACAGAAUGAAGAUAGUGACAGGGUGGCUUCGUACGAUUCUGUCGACGCAAAGACGAGCUCUUCGUGCUCGCUCCCACGAAAUAAGGAUUUCGGAAUAACGUCCUUUCCGAGGCGAUUGAUUCGAUCGGGGGGAAGGGGAGGGGAAAUAUGUGUACGUGUAUGUGUGACGUGCGAGCUUUAGUGGUGGUUUCUCUCGACGCCGGGAUCGAAUGCCGGAACGCGCGAGAUUUAUUUUCGUAUUAACGUACAAAUUGCUCAGUACGCGAAAUAGUCGAACGUUUUACAUUCCACUGGAGGGAGGGGGGAAGGGAAAGAAAAAGAAAUGCACAUAUCAGAGUCACGGACGCAUCGAUCGCGAGCUGGUAGUUUCUCGCAGGUGCGAGGUGACGGGAGCUGCAUGGGGUUGAUUGUUGCACGCUCGCUACAGGUACGCGAAUGCGGAGACGAUCCGUGCGGAACCCGGUGCCUACACCCCCCGAUACUCAUGCUACACCGAUCCGAUGUAUAAUGUAAGAAACUCGUGGGGCUUAUACGACAGUAUCGAGUCAGUUAAUCGCACGGGAUAAUAAUCAUCCAACCGGGCGGGAGGAGGGAUGACUUAGUAAUCGUCCACACCCGAGAUAUUUAAUCUCGCCCCCCCCACCCGACUUCUCCCGACUGAGUCUCAAGCGCUCCCGCUCUCGUCCUUAUCAGUAAUUUACACUUACCUUCCCCGCAGUUUGAUUACAUUAUUUAAGAAACCCGUAGCUUUAGCCUUCCCGAUGCACUUUGUACGCAGACGGAACCCAAAACGAGGGUGAGCAAUUUUUUAUGUACAUGUACAAUAUUGUAGCGCAGCGAGAGCCCAAGCUUCGCUUUUACGUUGCGCGACGCACAAUUUUUAAACGAAGUGAAAAACUGAAUGGAGUCCGAGGAUUGAAUAGUCAGAGAGUCGAGAGAAUAAUUGGAAAGUAAGUCGGAGACGGAAAUUUUCAUUUAUUCGUGUAAUAUUUAAUAUUUUUCGUAUAGAUGUAAGAAUUUUUUUAUUCACAUUCCAUGUACGCUGCAGCUUCCAAUUGUAUAUACCUUUAAUGUGAGAAAAUAUUCUUCUUUUAUAAUUUAUUUACGCGCGAACGAGGGCUGGGAGGAGUAACAGUGAGAUUUAUACAUUAUUACAAAAGGAGUGCCUCUAUACGGAUGCUCGCGGAAAAACGAGCGUGUAUUAUAAACAGUAGUAUUAUUUACAGUUACACGUUAGUAUAAUUUUAUUGCCACAUUUUAUUCAUCUUCAGGGCAUCCAGAGGCGGACGUUAAUACGUCGCUAAUGGAGCGCUUUUUUUUUCUUUAAAUCGCGCACGGGACGACUUUCACGUCGGCCUUUUAAUCGGUGAAAAGCCAUUAGAUAAGAACGUAUCCUACGGUACUCGAAUACUUUUCGCAAUGGCAUUGAAUAUGUAUACACGGGGAACGCAAAAAGAGUACGCGCGUGGUUCGUCUGUCCAAGUUAUGGAUCGUAAAUGCAAGUAGUGUUUAUAAUAUUACAAUAGCAAGCCAACGCGUUAUACGAUGGAUAAGUUGUGCGAAAUUAAAGUGAUCACGUACACGCGCGAGCGCGCGCUUCAACGCUGCCGAUUGUUAUUCUUCUACGGGGUGCACGCCUAUAUCUAUAUGCGUACACAUAAGAAGCAUAUGUUAUUUAACGCACUUGCUGAUUUCCGUCACCCAUGUGUAAUCGCGAGCGCGCGGGAUUGCACAUGUAUCGUAGGAGAUAUCGUAUUUUUUUAAAGAGCGAACGCGUGCGACGUCAGUCGUAAGAGACUCUAGGUGUUUGUAAUUACUAUACGUAUAAUUUAAUUAGCCUAUAUGCCGACACCUUUCGCGUGUGAUUGUGAUACGUCUCGUGAUCGUACGUAUGUGCGCGUGUCGCGGUAAAUGCGUAUGUACUGCUGUAAUACUUACUUUUUACUCAAGACUAUUUUUUUUUUUAAAGGAGCCAGUCCUAUAAGGCGAUGCUUUUUUUUAUGGUCUCGCGAUCGUGAAACAUCGGGGAUUUACACGUAUCGCUGCACUAAUAAGAAAGUAGUGACAUAAGUAAAAAAUGAUAAGUCAUUUUUUACUUAUGUCACUUUUUUAUCAAUAUAUAUACAACGAUAUAUUUCUCCAUUUCUGGAUUGAUUUAUCCAGGAAUGUUCGUAAGAUUAAAACGAAAAUGCUUUAUACGCAUAGAGAUAAUAUAUUUUUACACUUUUUACAUUUUUUAAUUUUUUUAAAUUCUUACAUAAUUUUCAUAUACGGAUCAAUAAUUUAUCCCCUGGCCUAAUGAAUAUUUGAUUCACAGGCUUUAUCAUAGUCUUGUGCUGAGAUUUUUUUUACAUAAAUCACAUAUGUACAUAAAUUUAAAAGAAUAAUAUAUAAAUUGUUUAUGAAGAAUGAAGGAAGCGCUUUUUUUUAUCGCGCUGUGCGGCUCACGAAAUGUACGAUCCGAAUCCGAAGAACGCCCUGUUUCGUUGUCUUAAUAUCGUUCACAUGUACAAAAUAGUGUGUAACUAUUCGUCAGUCAUAAGGGAAUAAAAAAAAACGCAAGAAUUAAAAA